GGCCGGCCCGUGCUGCGGAGGUGCCGGGGGCUCCCGGCGCUGCCGCGGAGGAUGCGGCGGCCGCGCUUUGUCGGCUGCGGGAAGAAACAUGCAACAUGGCAGCAGCCAUGGAAACUGAACAGCCGGGCCUCGAAAUCUUUGAAACCACAGGCCGUGAGGAGCAGGUCCAGAGAGAGGAGCAGCCAAAACUGGAACCUUUCUACGUAGAGAGACAUUCCUGGAGCCAGCUUCGGAAACUGCUCACGGAUACACGGAAGUAUCAUGGCUACAUGAUGGCAAAAGCCCCCCAUGACUUCACCUUUGUGAAGAAAAAUGAUCCUGAAGGACCCCAUUCCGAUAGGAUCUACUAUCUGGCAAUGUCUGGGGAGAACAGGGAGAACACACUCUUCUACUCUGAAAUUCCCAAAACCAUAAACAAAGCUGCCGUCCUGUUGCUUUCCUGGAAGCCUCUUUUGGAUCUUUUUCCGGCCAUCCUGGACUAUGGGAUGUACUCUCGUGAGGAGGAGCUGCUGCGGGAGAGGAAGCGAAUUGGCACGGUGGGAAUUGCCUCUUACGACUACCACCGGGAGAGCGGCACCUUCCUCUUCCAGGCUGGGAGUGGGAUUUAUCACGUCAAGGAUGGAGGCCCUCAUGGAUUCACUCAACAGCCUUUAAGACCCAUUCUGGUAGAGACCAGUUGUCCAAAUAUCCGGAUGGAUCCCAAGCUCUGCCCAGCUGAUCCAAAUUGGAUUGCAUUUAUCCACAGCAAUGACAUCUGGGUAGCCAAUAUAGAAACCAGAGAAGAAAGGAGGCUCACGUUUGUGCACAAUGAGCUGGCCAAUGUUGAGGAGGAUCCCAAAUCCGCUGGCGUGGCUACUUUUGUGCUGCAGGAAGAGUUUGACAGAUACACUGGCUACUGGUGGAGCCCAAAGGCACAACCAACUCUGAAUGGGGGUAAAAUACUUAGAAUCCUUUAUGAAGAAAAUGAUGAGUCAGAGGUGGAAAUUAUUCAUGUCACAUCACCCAUGCUGGAGACAAGAAGAACAGAUUCCUUCCGGUACCCCAAAACCGGUACAGCAAAUCCAAAGGUCACUUUCAAGAUAUCUGAAGUGAUAAUCAAUGCAGAAGGCAGAAUUGCAGAUGUUGUGGAUAAAGAGCUAGUUCAGCCCUUCGAGAUCCUCUUUGAAGGAGUAGAGUACAUUGCUAGAGCUGGGUGGACGCCAGAAGGACAAUACAUCUGGGCCAUCUUGCUGGAUCGCUCCCAAACUCGGCUUCAGAUCGUCUUGCUCCCUCCUGCAUUAUUCAUCCCCACAGAAGAUGAUGCAAUGGAAAGACAGAAACUUAUUGAUGCUGUACCAGAUUCUGUUACACCUUUCAUUAUUUAUGAAGAGACAACAGACAUCUGGAUAAAUAUCCAUGAUAUCUUCUAUGUUUUCCCUCAAACCCGUGGCGACGAGAUAGAGUUUAUUUUUGCCUCUGAGUGUAAAACGGGAUUCCGGCACCUGUACAAAGUCACCUCUGUUCUGAAGGAGAGCAAGUACAAACGGUCCUGUGGCAGCCUCCCUGCUCCAAGUGACUUCAAGUGCCCCAUCAAAGAGGAGGUGGCUGUUACCAGUGGAGAAUGGGAAGUGCUUGGCAGACACGGAUCCAAUAUCUAUGUUGAUGAAGCCAAAAAGCUGGUGUACUUUCAAGGCACAAAAGACUCCCCUUUAGAGCACCACUUGUACGUCGUGAGCUACGAGAAUCCCGGGGAGGUGAAGCGUCUGACAGAACGUGGUUACUCUCACGCCUGCUGUGUCAGCCAGGACUGUGACAUGUUCAUCAGCAAGUACAGUAAUCAGAAGAACCCUCACUGUGUGGCACUUUACAGGCUGACAGGACCCGAAGAUGAUGCUGCUCAUAGGACAAAGGAAUUCUGGGCUACCAUUUUGGAUUCAGCAGGUCCUCUUCCUGAUUACAUUCCCCCAGAAGUGUUCUCCUUUGAGAGCUCCACAGGCUUUACACUCUAUGGGAUGAUGUACAAACCUCACAACCUGCAGCCUGGAAAGAAGUACCCCACUGUACUCUUCAUCUACGGAGGGCCUCAGGUGCAGCUGGUGAACAACCGCUUCAAAGGAAUCAAGUACUUCCGUUUGAACACUUUGGCCUCUUUGGGCUAUGUGGUGGUUGUCAUUGACAACAGGGGCUCCUGCCACCGAGGACUCAAGUUUGAAGGAGCCUUUAAAUACAAAAUGGGACAAAUAGAAAUUGAUGACCAGGUGGAAGGGCUGCAGUAUUUAGCAUCCCAGUAUGACUUCAUUGAUUUGGAUCGUGUUGGCAUUCAUGGCUGGUCCUAUGGAGGUUACCUCUCCCUUAUGGCUUUAAUGCAGAGGUCAGAUAUUUUCAGGGUGGCCGUCGCCGGAGCGCCCGUCACGCUGUGGGUGUUCUACGACACGGGUUACACGGAGCGCUACAUGGGGCACCCGGAGCACAACGAGCAGGGCUACUACCUGGGCUCUGUGGCCAUGCAGGCUGAGAAGUUCCCUUCUGAACCAAACCGUUUGCUGCUGCUACAUGGCUUCCUGGAUGAGAAUGUUCACUUUGCACACACUAGUAUUUUGCUCAGCUUUUUAGUGAGAGCUGGAAAACCCUAUGACUUACAGAUCUACCCUCAGGAGAGACACAGCAUCAGGGUGCCUGAGUCAGGAGAGCACUAUGAACUCCAUCUCCUCUAUUACCUGCAAGAGAACCUGGGCUCUCGGAUUGCUGCCCUGAAGGCCAUGUAACUGCCUCUGCAGAGCUCUGCUCCUCUGGCUGCUCACUGAAGGAGGAGAUGUAGGAAACUAGAGAAAAUAGGAUGGGACAUUGCAUUUUGGUGCCUGCCACAUGUACACACACACACACACAGAGACACUUUUGUAAGAGUAAAUUUGGUGCCAUACAGGAAAUUACAGUACAGUGACCUAAUAACUUUAAAGCUUAAGAUGUAAAUAAAGUCCAAUGUCUGUGGUAUAACAGUACCAUGGCUGUUCUCUUGGGGAGGAGCUGAAACUGAACACAACAUACUUCUACAGCACCAGAUCUUCACUUUUGAAGAGCAUUAAUGACAUAACUGAUGUAUUUUUACAGUGUGUUCCUCUGUAUCUUAUUACAUAAUGCUGGAUGAUUUACUCACCACCCACAGCAAGAGUUUACCUGGCUGGUUACAACUUGGGUUACAUUUUAAAUGCUAUCAUAUAGCUUUUAUGCUUCAUGAAAGGGAUGUGUGUCACUCCAUAGAAGCCAGUCACAAGUUAGACACGUCACCUAUCUCGAUGUUCAUUGUUUUUUAAGAAGAAAGACUUCUCAGCUGCCUCAACGAACUGCAAGUUUGGAUCCAGUUCACCAUGAUAGUUUCUUUGCAAUCGUUUCUCCUCUCCCCAGGAUCAGUCAUACUCUUUUGGGGUCUUUUUUACCUUUCAUUUCUUUCAGCAGCUUGAAAUCCUAUCCUGACUGUACUUGAUUUGAAGGGGGAAGUGAAAUGAUGUUUUGCUGUGGUAUGGGCAUAACAGUCUUUUCUUCUGAGAUGCAAACUAAAGAGCUGAAACUCUACAUCUUCAAACCAGCUUAGAGGUGCAGCCCAUUUCUCAUGGCCUUUUUUCCCCCCAUGUUUCUUUCUGGGCUGGUUUUGCAAUAGGGUUUCCCUACCAUCACAGCAGCAUGACACAGGUGUAUGCAUCCUCUUAACGACUUUAAAUUCAAGACUCUAAUUCAAAGGUCUGCAGAGGAUUUGGUGGGAGGGACUUGACAAACACUACAUGUGAGGCAAUAUGAGCUGUGUCAUUAUUUAGGGGACUGUUUCCCUCCUACUCCAUUCAAUCCUCCUUUCCUGGGCCCUUCCAAGCACUGCUGUGUGUAGCAUGAUUAUGAUGCUGUCUUUGAGAAUUCCCCUUCUAUAUAGCUUAAGGUCACCCUGCUAAGCCUAAGGGAUAUGCAGUCCCAGUUGUGUUUUUGGUAGUGAGGUUUUUAUCUAAGCAGGUUUGGCUAGAAAGCCUGUGAAGUCACUUAACUCACAACAGGUCCUUUAGGAUAGAGACCCAUAGCAAAACGAUUCUCUCUAAUCCAAGAAACUCUCCCCUUGGGGCUUGUCUCUGAGACUCCUGUAAGUUUUAAUGGUUUUCUUAGAAACCUAAGAACUUCCUUUUCCUCCUGGUUUGGUGCUAGAGAGCAGCAGAGCAUGACUCUUUCAUUUUGUCUUCUAAAAGCCUGGGAUCAGUCUCGGUGUUUACACUCUGUGUCCUCCACACGUUGGAACUCUUAUUCCUGACUGAUCCUGACACUGGGAUCUAACCCAGUCUGUCUGCACUGCAUCAAACCCCAUUGUUUGUCAGUGAGGCUGCUGGGUGGGUGCAGUUACAUGGGUGUAAAAUGCCUGGGUGAGAAGGAGCUCAGGGGUUUUUUUUGAGUGACACACAGGACAGCCAAAGCAAACGGGCAUGUGGUAAGUGCCACUUCCUUCGAAGCUUGGUUUGGGCUGCUUUCUGGCUCUCAGAUCACAGUGCUUAUAAGUUAAAAGAUACCAUUAGCAGGUGAGUAAGAGGCUGACAGUGUUGUUUUGGGAUCUCUAUAGAUCCUUUAUGCCUUCUCUCAGUAGCCAGUUGUGAGCGAUGCAAAUGCGAGGUGCCUGUGGAGUGAGCCCUAGGCAGUGUUGGGAGAUGGAUGCAUGUGCUGAUGCUUUUGGACUACAACAACCACAACAGUGAGUAGAGACAAGUAGAAGCUGUUACCAUGGAACCCCAUUGUGUUCCUUACGUGUCUAUGCUGUAUGAUAUAUACAUAUACCCCUCUGUUCAUAGAUACAUACGUGUAUAAAAUGCCACGUGGACAGUGUCACCUUUUCCAAGGUUGUUUAUAUUUUGUUCCAUAUUAAAUUAACUUGGGCUUUU